CGUUGCUGAACUCGAUCAAAAGAAGCGAAAAGAGACCUAAUUUAUGUGUCUACUAUAUAGACAAAGGAAAACACUCCGAAUUCAAGAAACAUAUGUUGUUUGGCAUGACAGGCAAAAAAAUACAUGAGGUUGAACGGAUGAGCGAUCUGAUACAUCGAGUGGCCGAGAACCAUGGUAUUUCAUCUGUACUGGAUCUUGGUUCAGGCCAAGGCUAUCUUUCUCGGGCACUGGCAUUCCAUCACGACAUGCGCGUGUUGGCUGUCGACAUGUCUGAAAUACAAACCAAAGGGGCCGAAAGGUUCGACCGUCGCGUGAAAUUUCAUGAAGAAAAGGCCACCGAGAGAAAGCAAGAUGCUCGACUAACUCAUAUUACAGAGCUGAUAACAUCAGAAAACAUUUCGAGCGUAUUGACACGAUGGGGAGGAGGAGUAGAAGGAAGCAAUGAUGAUAAUGAUGGUGAUAGGCAAUGGUUAAUUUGUGGUUUGCACGCGUGCGGCGACUUGUCCACAUUGAUCAUGCGACUAUUUGCAGAAAGCGACAAAGUCUCGUGCCUUGUUAAUGUUGGAUGCUGUUACCAUUAUUUGUCUGAAAAGCAAAGCGGAACAUUUGCCGCUACUACUGGGUUCCCUCCUGCUGGGUUCCCAAUGAGUGAUGCACUUGCCAAAAUGGACUACACCAUGGGAACAACAGCUCGGGUGCUAGCGUGUCACUCACCCUGGCAAUGGCCACAUCAAAAGCAGACCAGCAAAAAAUCAUUCGAGCAACAUUUUUUCCGUGCUCUAUUACAGAAAAUCAUGGUGGAUAAAGGCUUGGCAUCAGCUUCCAAAGCACCUGCUCUGGCACAUCGGAUUAACAAAAAGAACGGCUUUGCUGGCUAUGUGCAGGCGGCACUGAAGAAAUUCGGGAAACCAGUGGAUGCUAUUACACCUGAAGAAGCAGAACGAUAUCAUCAAGAAUACAAGUACGCCGAAAAACAGAUUACAAUACUAUGGACGCUACGAUCUUUGUUGGCACCAGUUUUGGAAAGUAUUGUACUGCUAGAUCGAUGGCUCUAUUUAAAACAAACGGUCCAACAACAACGAGACGAUGGAGAUCAAGCUGAUAGCAAUAAUGUCACCGUCGUUGAUCCAUCAAACAGGGAGCGAAGCAAGGGUGUAUGGAUGUGGCCAUUAUUCGAUCCGAUGGAGUCACCUAGAAACAUGGUUUUUGUAGCUUCCAAAUAGAUAGAACAAAUGUAACAUCACUUUUGUAACUCGUAUAUAUA